AACCAGGUUUCUUACAUUUGGCUUUUUAGUGACAGAGGAUGGAUUCUCAAAAGGAUGUUCAGCCACCAAAGCAGCAGCCAAUGAUUUAUAUCUGUGGAGAAUGUCACACAGAAAAUGAAAUAAAAGCAAGAGAUCCUAUCAGAUGUCGAGAAUGUGGAUACAGAAUAAUGUACAAAAAAAGGACAAAAAGAUUGGUGGUUUUUGAUGCCCGAUGAUGUGAACCCAAGAUGUAGCUGCUUUAUCUUAAUGCUGAAUUAUCUCUGCUAACUUUUGCUGUAUAAGAGUGUGCAGCUACAUGUACUUUUCCAUCCUGUUACCUGCUGUUAUAAGUUAUUUGUUUGCAAUAAAGUUUUAACAUCAGA